AUCAGUGUAUCACCAGCAGUGCCACAUGUCAGUGCCCAUCAAUGCCAGCUGUCAUUGCCCAUCAAUGCCACUUGCCAGUGCCCAUCAGUGCCUCAUAUCAUUGCCCAUCUGAGCUGCCUUUCAGUGUCACCUAUCAGUGCCAGUCAGUGCCACCUAUCAGUGCUGCCAGGCAGUACCGCCUAUCAGUGCACAUCAGUGGCGCCUAUCAGUGCCGCCUAACAGUGCCAGUCAGUGCCACCUAUCAGUACCAGUCAGUGUCGCCUAUCAGUGCCGCCUAUCAGUGCCGCCUAUCAGUGCCAUAUAUGAGUGCUGCCUUUUAGUGCCCAUCAGUGAUG